AUGACUGAAUGUUGUUCUCUUCUAAAUCUUCAAAUUCCAUGUUUUACCAAACAAAUUUCACUCAUAACUGAUCGCUCCGAAAACAGUUUCCCCCUCAAAUCACUUUCUUUCUCACACCAUCGAUUAUCAAACUUUCAACCCUGUCAAAUAUCUCACAAAACCAAAGCUACAACCGCGCACAUGGAAGUUCAACAAAGUGAAGGAUCUUCGGAUUCAUCCCAACCGAUGAAACUCUUGUUUGUAGAGAUGGGUGUCGGCUACGAUCAACACGGGCAGAAUAUAACUUCUGCAGCAAUGAGAGCGUGCAGGGAUGCUAUUUCUUCUAAUUCAAUCCCCGCUUUUCGCAGAGGUUCCAUUCCUGGUGUCAGUUUCGGUGAGAUGAAAUUGCAGAUCAAGUUAGGGGUUCCUCAUUCUCUCCAGCAAUCUCUGGAUAUCGACAAAGUCAAGUCUGUAUUUCCCUAUGGGAAAAUUUUGAAAGUUGAAGUUGUGGACGGUGGUUUGAUAUGCUCAAGUGGGGUGCUUGUGGAAGAGAUGGGUGACAAGAAUGAGGAUUGCUACAUUGUGAAUGCUGCUGUUUAUGUUGGUUAUUAA